AUGGAGGUCUGUGUGAGUGGAGCCUUUCUACACAGUGUAUUGGGUUUACUACCAGGAGCAACGGUUACGUUCAGGCAGUGCCUGAGAUCACCCUCUGCAUCCAGCCAUGUCCACUUCCGCGUCAUUCCUCUGACUUCAGUGACAAUCAAUGCCCUUCCGAGUUUCGUUCCCAGCAGCCAGGUGGUGCAAGAUUCUCCAUUUACGGACGCACCAACAGACACACUAGCAGUCCGACCAACAGACCACCAGGAUUCAUCUUCAGACCCAUCCCAGCCUUCAACGCCUCCUCGCUGCUACUACCUGUCUCAUCUACUCUCCAAUCCUGACUCGGUCUCUCCGACCCAGACAAUCGUCAUCCACUGUCACCUGCAGGCCAUCAAGUCACUGGUUCUCAAAUGGUCUUGUCAGCGCUGCGGCCACAAAGACUGUGUCUGCAGCGCAGAUAUCGCUGAACUGGAAGGGAAACUGACGUCAACUGCAAGGUUUGCUGUUGAAGACGGCACAGGGGAGGCCCUGGUGUGGUGCAGUGAGCCCUCUGCCAUCGCCCCUGUGCUAGGCCUGACAGCACCCCAGUGGACGCAGCUAGAGCUUGAAAUGCAACGCUGCAAAGAGGUCGUCUACUCUUACAAGAAACCCGACUACAGAGAAAAGGCCGUCAUGCCUUCCCCAACAGACACAGAAGGCCUGGUGAAUCUACUUUGCAGUCAUGACAGUGUACAGAAACCAUUGGUGCUGCACUGCCAACUCAUGGUCUGGGGUAACGGCAAGAAGAAUGCCAUGGCUAACACAGGGAUAGCUGGAAGGCAGUACGCACCGUCUGUUCACUUGAAGUGUUUAUCUGCAUAUGAAGGUUAUCACUAA